AUGCCAUCCUCUCACUCAAAUAAUAAAGCAAACACAGGUGAUCCAGUUCAGACUGCCACUAAUGAACCUGCGAUCAUCCCAUCGGUUUCCCAUUCUAUGCCAACCUCCAUCAAGUUCAUUCUGCCCCAAGCGUACAAAGAUGGUCAAGAUCACUAUGUUGUGACAACAAGUUGCCCCACGACAUACGAGGACGCUACCUCCGAAGCCAUCAAGCUUUUAGGCAAGUAUAUGCUCGAUCCGACACCCGAAAACACCAUUUUAAGGUGUUCAACGAAGAACAGACGUGGCGACUGGGUUUGGGCCGACAUUCCUCCGCAGGACUGGACCCUCACGAUGAGUCGGUUUGGAGUGGAUGAAGUGGGAGUUUUUGAAGGGCGCAUAAACGUCAAGAGAGCGAAUCAGGAAUUCGUUCACGGCUAUGUCAAUUUGACAGUCGCGAAAGUGGAGGGGAGUCAGUUGACAUGGAGCAAGUUAUCUCAUGAGAACGGAAAGACAUUUAAGUCGGUCGCACUUAUGAAUCGUCCCCGAAGUUAUAAGGAAGCAGUUGAGUUCGUGAAACAUAUGAUUAAAACAAAUCCGACAAUUGGAACCUUUUUGCCUCCUUCAGCAUACAAUCGCGACUCCUUUGCCGACAAUUUGACAAACUUCACUUCCUGUUACUUUCUAAGUGACUCUGGCACGACCUUGUGGGCAGAAUUCCCACAAAAUGCAUAUGAAGACGACGAGGUCUGGCGGGCGAUCGUACCUUUUCCUCAUUCGACCUUGGGAGUAAUCGCCAGCUGA